AAACGGUCUUGAUGUCAGGAGCAGUUAUCUCGAAUCUCGAUCUCCACAAAAUAAAGCCAAAAAAAAAAGUGAACAAAACACUGUCGUCCCAAUUCGGACAAAAUCCAAAUCUCCGUGAUGCAUACCGACGGCAAGUCUGAGGCGGAGCGACUGCUUGGUAUCGCCGAGAAGCUCUUACAAGCUAAAGAUCUCAACGGCGCUCGUGAUUUUGCAAUUUUAGCUCAAGAGACUGAGCCCUUAGUCGAAGGCUCCGAUCAGAUCUUGGCGGUUGUUGACGUCCUUAUCGCCGGUGACAAACGAAUUAAGAACCAAAACGACUGGUAUGCAAUUCUUCAAUUAGAAACCCGAAAUGACGAUACCGAUCUCGUCAAAAGACAGUAUCGCCGCCUUGCGCUUCUUCUUCAUCCUGAUAAGAACAAGUACGUUUUCGCAGAUGCAGCGUUCAAGCUCGUUGCAGAUGCGUGGGCAGUGUUGUCCGAUCCCUCGAGGAAAAUUGCGUAUGAUAAUGAAUUGUUUGCGUUUUCGAAGGUAGAUCUAGUUGCCAUGAAGAAAGAUGGAGAGAAAGGGGAUGAUCAGAAUCAUCAAAUUUUACGUGAUAAGAUUUCGGGGAGACGAACAUCGGCAAAUAUAUGGACGGUGUGUCCGUUCUGUUACAAUAUGUAUGAGUAUCCUAGGGUUUACGAUGGAUAUUGUUUGAGAUGUGUGAACUGUCAACGAGCGUUUCAGGUGGUGGUUAUACCUCCAUCUUCGUUGCCACCGACUGUACCGGGAAAAGAAGCGUAUUACUGGUAUUGGGGGGAUUUUCCGAUGGCAUUUCCAUCCACCAAUUCAUUGACGAAGGACAGGAACACGCCGCUUGCAGGACCUGGUGAGGAUUCCGUCGUCGGAACUCCGCCAGUGGCAGAAAUUAGACACCCACCACCUCCGACUGCUGGAAGCAAAGUUGCUAAAAAGAGAGGUAGGCCGAGAAAGAAUCCCCUGCCCUAAAAGUCCUUCAGAAACUGAGGGUUCCAUAGAAAUUCGUUGAAGGACUUAGCAAUUUUUGAGAGUUUUCUUCGGAUUGUUCAAGAAAUUCUUCAAAAUCUUUGUAGCUUGCCUCUCAAAUGAAUGAAGAAUUUGAAGAAAGCAAUUAAUUGACUCGAGAAACAUUUAGGUUGGUAUGUAGUGUUAUUUUGUUUACUUUUCUUUCAUGUUCAUAGAUAUGGCAAAUUACAUGGAAAUUGAAUAUAAACUUAAAUAAAAAUAUAAUUUUAAACA